AGUAUAAAUAAAUAAAUAACGCGUCGCGUGUCAGACAACUAACCAACUUUAUUUCUUCAUGGAUUUCGACUUGUAUGAAGUGGCAAGAAAUGGUUGUUUUCCUAUUUUGAACUUGGCAUUGGAUAAUAUCGGGCUUUAUAAUAUUGACGUGAAUCGGCCAGAUGGAAAAGGGAAUAUUUUGUUACACUAUGCUGCUGAUCAAGGACACUUCGAAACAGUCGAGAAACUCCUCAGCCUGAAUUCAAACCCCGACUUCCCAGACCGCAAGCACAAUACUGCCCUCCAUCUGGCCUCCCGCAAUGGUCACUCCUCCAUCGUUACGCUCCUGCUAACGAAGGGUGCUGAUAUAAACGCCAGAAACUACAGCGGUGAAACCCCGAUCUUUGAGUCGGUCAAGUCCCGAGACCUGACUCUAACGACCUCGCUGAUCGAGAAGGAUGCGAAAAUUGAUAUAAAAAACAAAGGAAACGAAACCUUACUGCACGUGGCUGUCAAAUCUGGCGACGAAGAAAUUGUGCGAAUGUUCCUUGAAAAGGGUCUUGAUGUGAAUAGUCGCACUGCUUGCGGAGAGACUCCUUUGCAAGAAGCUAUUCGAAGUGAAUUUGAAGACCUUAUCGAGAUUUUAAUUGAAUUUGGAGGAGAUUGUACUGUUAAAACGGCAUUAAAUCAAACAUUAUUACAUCUGGCAGUACUUCAUAAUAAAAUCCGAACUUGCGAGUACCUUAUUUUGAAUAACGUCCCUAUAGAUUGUGUUGACAUCAACGGAUCUACUGCUCUACACUACGCUGCUGAGAACAAUUACACCUCCAUAGCAUCACUUCUUAUACAAAAUCAUGCAAAUGUCAACCAGAAGGACGAGGAUGAUUAUACUCCUAUUCAUGUAGCAGCAUGCAAAAAGACGAGUUUGGAGACAUUCGACAUUUUGUUGAAAAAUGGCGCUGAUACAGAGAGUGUGACUGUCAAUGGUGAUCUGCCGUUGCAUUGUGCUGCAGCUAAUGAAAAUGAAUUAGCUGUUAUAGCGCUUUAUAGGAAAGAUCUGUUGAUGAGGAGGAAUAAAUGUGAUUUGACACCGUCUCUGCUUGCACGACAAUGUGGAAAUUUAUCCAUUGUAAGAUUGUUGAACAACUUGGAAAUCAGUGAACAGAACGCCAAUAACGCACUUCAUAAAAAGCGCGUGUCAUUUGCCGAAACUCCAUCAAUAAAAAGCCGAAAAGUUUAAAUGACUUGGCAAAGGAAUAAAAAAUAUCGCAUGAUUGCUAAGACUGUUUAUAGUUUUGAUAAGAUUAAUUUAUUUUUGUUUUGACCUAAUGUUUAAAACUUCCGGAAGAUUAAGAGAUAAAUACUAUAUUAGAUUGAUAUUUUGAAAUAUUGCUAUCGAAUAUAAUAAUUUGUACCUGUUUGUAACUAUAUAAUAUAUUUAUUUAUAUUUUACCUAUUUCGCCUUAUUAAUUUUACGUAAGAUUAUUUUUUUUGAAAAUACAAAUUAUUUGUUUGUAAGAAAACUUUGCUCAACGUGUCACAGAUAAUUUCGACUGGCAACAUCCAUAAAUUGAGAGAAAAACAAUUCACCUGUAAAUUUAAAUGGCAGGCGGCUGUAGUGUAUACAUAUUAUUACACCCUGUACAUAAUAGUUUAGAUAUAAGUAUUUCUUAAGUUAAGUUAAUUAAGGUCAGUUUAUAUUAUAUGUUUAGAAUUAGUUGUUUAUAUAAUAUUAGGAAUGCAACUAUGCAUUAUUGGAUGUCGCGCGAUAUGCUAAUUAGGGUUAACCGAAUUCAAUUUACUGUUAAGAUUUACACGAGAACAGAUUGUACUAGUUAUUCGAAAUAAAGUUGGUUUUUUAUAUAGUCUUAGAGUUUCCUUCA